CGCGCUUGUGCGGUUGUGCGGAGCAGACGAGUUGGAAAAAGCGGAAAAGCGAAGCGAUUUCCUUUCACACUGUCGGCGGAGGUUCAAUAUUCUGUGUUCGGGUAGAGAACUGCAGGCGUUCGAAAAUCGGAAUCCGAAUUUAUGAAUCUGAGGCGGCACUAUUGCACUAAAGUAUCCGAAUCCGAAUCCGCGCUCUAGAGUCGAAAGUGAAAUUCGUCAAGCCACCAGCGCCAACGGUAAAGUAAACGCAACGCAACGCGACGCGACGACGACGACGCGCAAAGUAAUUUUUGUUGAAUGAAUGGAUGGAAUAGCGACAAAACCCCAAUCACGCUAAAUUAAUCAAAUCCAAUUGCAAAUUAUUGUAUUCAAACCAAGUCCCCGUCCCCCAAAAUAAUAUAAAAUAUUAGUAUUGCGAAGAGCAGAUACUACAGUGUUUAACAGUUAAAUCCCAUCAACCACAGCAAAGUCGUUGAUUUUUGGUGUGCAAUAAAAAAAAGUUGAGAAAACCAGAGACCAAAACAGAGGACAUUCGGAGGAGUCACUUGUCAAAAGAAGUUUCGAUAUCUUUAUGUUUGUUAAGAGCAUAUUGGGAGAAACUUGUCAAGGGGAUCAUAUGUAAUUUCCGACGUCUUAAGAAAUUGCGCAAUUAUAAACAUUUCUGCUUGGGACAAGUUGGCCCCAACAACGAAAACAAAUGCAAAUGUGCGCCCCACAGACAUAUUACCCCGAAAGUUAUCAAUAAUAUUCGCCGGAAGAGGAGAUACAACUCAACCAGUUAAGCACCGGGCUCAGGGUGACAACACAUAGGCACCACCGGGCUUCACUUCUUUUUGGGGAAGCGUUCCUUCUUUUGGAUAAAAUCGACAACACAGCGAAGGCGAUACACAAUGUUGGAUCGAUGCGAAAUGCCGAUUCAACUGGACAACAUGAAGCUGCGACGGGACGCUCGCCUGUCGGGCUCCCGACUGGACCUGCCACAGCUCUGCAACGGGUCACAGCGCCUGGAUGCACAAAACAACCAUGUGGCAGGGGGCGAUGCCACCACAGCCACCGCAGCAUCCAAUGGCAAUGGUAUUAGCAACAGCAACGGAAAUGGCAGCGGCAAUGGCAACAACAUCGGUUCGCCAGUGUCCUCAUCGACCACCAACAGCAGCAACGGCGGCAAUGAGCGCGGCUCCUCCACCAAGUCCAACAGCAGCAGCGGCAGUGGCAGCUCCGGCAACUCGGCCAGCAGCACUGGAAGCGCCGAGCCCAAGUGCAACACGCCCAUGACGCCAUCCGAGCUGGUGAAAAAGUUUCGCAACUACCUAACCGAUCUGGAGUUCGAGGAGCUCAAGGUGUACAAGGAGGUCUAUUAUUUUGGCCAGCAUGCCAGCAAGAAUUACAACAAGCCCGCCCCCACAGCCAACACCACCAAUUUGGGCUAUGACGAUGAUAAUGGCAACUACAAGAUCAUCGAACACGAUCACAUAGCCUUUCGCUACGAGAUUCUGGAGGUAAUUGGCAAGGGCAGCUUUGGUCAGGUGAUCAGAGCCCUGGACCAUAAGACCAACACCCAUGUGGCCAUUAAGAUUAUAAGGAAUAAGAAGCGAUUCCUCAACCAGGCCGUCGUCGAGCUCAACAUACUCGAUGAGCUGCGGGAGAAGGAUGCAGAUGGAUCUCACAAUGUCAUACACAUGCUCGACUACACCUAUUUCCGAAAGCAUUUGUGCAUUACCUUUGAGCUCAUGAGCCUGAACCUGUACGAGCUGAUAAAGAAGAACAACUACAACGGAUUCAGCAUGAGCCUCAUAAGACGCUUCUGCAACUCGAUUGUGAAGUGCCUGCGUCUGCUCUACAAGGAAAACAUUAUUCACUGUGAUCUCAAGCCGGAAAACAUCUUGCUCAAACAGCGUGGCAGCAGCUCCAUCAAAGUCAUCGACUUUGGCAGCUCGUGCUACGUGGAUCGUAAAGUCUACACGUACAUCCAAUCGAGGUUCUACCGCUCCCCGGAGGUGAUUCUCGGCCUGCAGUACGGCACUGCCAUCGACAUGUGGAGCCUGGGCUGCAUCCUUGCCGAGCUGUACACGGGCUUCCCCCUCUUCCCCGGCGAGAACGAGGUGGAGCAGCUGGCCUGCAUCAUGGAGGUGCUGGGCCUGCCGCCCAAGGUGCUCAUCUCGGUGGCCAGGCGGCGGCGCCUCUUCUUCGACUCCCGCGAUGCCCCGCGCUGCAUAACGAACACCAAGGGACGCAAGCGGACGCCGGGCAGCAAGUCGCUGGCCCAGAUCCUGCACUGUCAGGACCGCUAUUUCAUUGACUUCCUGCAGCGCUGCCUGGAAUGGGACCCCGCGGAACGGAUGACGCCCGACGAGGCGGCCCACCACGAUUUCCUGCAGCCCUUCUCCUCCAGUCGCCACCGCAGCUGCCGCAUGUCCAGCAGCUCGUCCAGCUCGGGCCUGAACAGCGUCUCCCAGAAGUCCUCCUGCUACAGUUUCGCAGAGGUUUCGCCGGGCAGCAACGGUCCGGUGGUGGCCUCGAUCACCAACACCACGGCGGUGCACAGCGCGGCCAUGGCCACAACCGCCACCGCCAAGUCACGCCAGCAGCAGCCCCCGAGCCACGGCCACCAUGGACACGCCCAGUCUAACGGACACCUGCCGGACAUCAAGCUGAGUGCCAGCGACAAGUACAACAGCAUGCAGAAGGUGGCGGUGCGCUCGAAGAUCGCCUCCAGCGUGUCCGACCUGGAGUCGGUGCAGCAGUACUCGCUGCAUCGCAUCUACGGCGGCGUGGGCAGCGGCAGCACCCACCACGUCUCGUCGGCGGCCACCAGGAAGCACCUGACCGGCAGUGGCAAUGUCGGUGGCGUCGGCGGGGUGUCCUCGAAGUAUGGCAGUUCGACACUGGCGCACAACCAACACAAUGUGACGCACCACAAUGCAUCGACGGCCACGAUUGCCACGACUACACACCACCACCAUCAUCACGGAGUGAGUGGCCAGCAGCAGCAACAGUCUUCAGGCGGUGGCGCCACCAUGGCCAUGUCACACUCUCAGUCCACCGGGGAUGUCUCCGACAGGGCCAUCUUCGGGCGGGCUUGACUCCGGGCCAGGCCCACCAAGCUGGAGCUGAAGAAGUGCAAGCUGGUCAACAUGAUGGACUUCUGGAGCUAGAAGUGGCGUCCACAGCACUGCGCUGAUGUUAGGGAGCGAGAGGACGAAAAGGAGGAGAAGAAAAAGAAGGACUAGAAGGCUAGAAGGCUACUCCUCGACCUCCUCUCGCCGAUUUGUAGUUAUUGUUAUAUAAGCUAUAUAGUAAUUAUAUAGACGUGUGUGUUGUGUGUAUUGUACUGAA